CCUCAACCUUAGGCCGGUUAACGGGCUGAUUGUGUUGUCUUUAACUAUGAUCAUGCUCUCAGUAUCUGAGCUUCCUCUGUUUUGCCCCGUACUGUUCUGUGAGCAACACAUGUUUUCACUCAGAGACCACAGAUUUUUUUUUUUCCACUGCUGAGGGCACUUCCUGACUGUGAGUCAUCUCUCACUCGGGCAGCGAACACAGACUCAAAGCUGCACGCAAAAAGAAGAUCUUCUCUUUUCAGUCUUUUUUAUUAAGUUUGUGAAGAAAUUAAUCUGAUGUUUUGGAAUCUACAUAUUUCUCAAGUUCUUCCUGUGAUGUCGCUGCUCUAGGUAUUUUUAUUGGAUUAUAAAAGCUCAGUCACAUGCCCUGUCGCAGGAUGCUGCCAAAGCCCUGACAUUGCUAGAAAAUUCACCGCUCUUCAGUGUAAUCCCCAUAAAGACCCGUCAUCUCGACAUGGCUGCUGCUGCACUCGUCACCGAGAACUUUAAGUUUGUGUCCCUCUUCUUCAAGAGUAAAGAUGUGAUGAUCUUCAAUGGUCUGAUUGCUCUGGGCACUGUGGCCAGCCAGACUGCAUACAACGUUUUCGCCUUUCACUGUCCGUGUUCCUCUGGUAGGAACUAUCGCUACGGCCUGGCUGCCAUUGGCGCUCCAGCACUUGCAUUUUUCCUUGUAGGGAUAAUGAUGAACAAGAGCACCUGGGACCUGGUGUCUGAGUGUCGGCUUAGAAAGCUACGGAAGCUGUCGGCGGCUGCUGGUUUUGCGCUGCUGGGAACCAUCAUCGGUCGAGCUGUGGUGGCUCCACUAACAUGGGUGGUUAUCUCUCUGCUGCAGGGUCAAGCCUACACUUGUGCCCUCAGUGAGUUUGUUAAUGCAAGUACUCUGCAGGGCUUCCCCUCAGGUCAGGGGUCAGAUGUCAUGGCGAAACUCCCAUGUGAAGGAAGUGUUCCAACGGAGCUGCAACACUUCUGGGUAGAAAUUGAGCGGACACUAAAAUACGAAUCUCAGCUGACAGGCUGGGUGCUGGUGGCAGGAUUGUCUCUGACUGUGUUCCUAAUGCUCUGCAUGAAAGGCUGCUCCUCCCCACUUGGCUACCGGCAGGAGAACUACUGGUCCCAGUACCGCUCGAAUGAAAAGUCCCUGUUUGAACGCACUGCAGCAGUCCACGCCCGCCUCCUGGCUGCAGAGAAUGUUAAGAGUUUCUUUGGUUUCGUGGCACUGGACAAGGAAGACAAGGAGCAGUUGGCGGAGCACCAAACUGCUAAUCCAAUCUGCAGCACCAACUGGAACAGAGUAACAGGAGUCUAUCUCUACAGGGAAAAAAAUGGGGUUCCUCUGUACAGCAGGCUCAAUAAAUGGGCCACAUACACCCUGGAGAAUAACUGGGAGGCCAUGGAGAAAGAGAUGGACAUGCUGACAGAUGGAGCUUGUUGAAUCAUCAAAUUAGUACCUCCAACCCCGUCCCCCCACCUUUUCCUGUGCUCAAAGUUUGUUUCAUAGUUUUAAUAAAAUUGUGAAACUGA